GGGUCCUACUUCCUCCACUGAACAAAGAUGGCGGCGUCCAUGUUGUGCAGGAGGACAGCGGCGUUAUGUCGGACUUUAAGUGGAAUUUCGUCCUCCAAAGCUGUACUUUCCGGCAACUCUCCGUGUGUGUUCCUCCUGCAGGCAGCUUCCUACAACCCCAAACCGCUGAAGCUGAACCUGCGGGCUCCGUACAUCCCGGACAAGGACGACGAGAAGACGCCGGAGUGGCAGAAGACGGCCCGGUACGACAGAAAGCUGUUCGGCCGCUACGGCGCAGCGUCGGGCAUCGACCCUGCCUCUCUGUGGCCCAGUCAUGAGGCGCUGGACAAGUUAAUAGCGGAUGAAAAAGAGUGGCAUCCCCCGUUGGAGGUGCGGGUUCGGAACGUGGAAGCCAAGCAGAAGGCGGCGGAAGCGAAACGGCUGGCGAGGGAAAAACUCAUCGCAGCAAACAUGGCCAAAAUGCCGAAGAUGAUCGCUGACUGGCGCAGAGAAAAGCGUGAAGCCAAACAGAAGGUACAGGAGGAGAAGGCUCGCCGUGCAAAGUUGUUGGCGGAGGCCAAACACCGUUUUGGCUUCGCAGUGGACCCCCGCAGUCACAAGUUCUUGGAAAUGGUCGCUGAGAUAGAAAAAGAAGAGAAGAAGAAGAAGAAACUAUUGAAACGCAGACUGAGAGACGAGCAGGUGGCGGCCUUCACUACACCUCCCGCCGCCUCCUCCUCAGUCUCGGAAUGACUCACGUUAGACGUAAAUAACUGCUGGACCUCCGUCUGACUUUAACCGGAUGGAGGUGUGCUGUUCAACUCACAUGGACCUGAAAACCAGUUUAGUUUUGUGUUACCCGACACCUUUUGUAAUGAUCUGGAUUUGAGAAAGCAGCAGUUUGUCUUCAAUGGAAAGAAAUCAACUUUUAUUUACUUUUCUCACCGUAUCUGUUCAUGUUUCAGGAUCUGAUCAUAUAUAUAAAGCUGUCACUGUAAUAAAUGGAACAUCUGUACAGAC